CUCUCUCUUUACUAUUUAUUAUUUAUUUCCUUCUCAAAGACUCCAACAAACUACUACACAACAAGAAAGAAAACCUAAAAUAAAAUAAUAAAAAUAAAAAGAAAAAGGAAAAGAAAAGAGAGAGAUCCACCCCCACACCAUCACAGAAGAGAAAGAGAAAGGAAGAACCAAAAAAAAUGUCGUGGCAGACAUACGUGGAUGAGCACUUGAUGUGUGACAUUGAUGGACAAGGCCAGCACCUAGCUGCCGCUGCCAUCAUCGGCCACGAUGGCUCUGUCUGGGCGCAGAGCUCUAACUUUCCUCAGUUUAAGGCAGAGGAGAUAAGUGGUAUAAUGAAGGAUUUUGAGGAGCCAGGUCAUCUUGCUCCUACGGGCUUGCAUCUUGGUGGCACUAAAUACAUGGUCAUCCAAGGAGAGGCCGGAGCUGUCAUCCGUGGAAAGAAGGGAUCUGGAGGUGUCACCAUAAAGAAGACUAGUCAAGCUCUAGUUUUCGGCAUCUAUGAAGAACCUGUGACACCAGGACAGUGCAACAUGGUUGUUGAGAGGUUGGGAGAUUACCUUGUUGAUCAGGGCCUGUAGGCCAAACUCUUCUAUAAUUAUUUGAGUAUUUCUUGUGGGGGGUACAAACAACUGUUGUCUCUUUUCUUUUGUUUUCUUUCCUUUUGAUUUCAGUCCCAAGUUUGCACCCUCUUCUUCAUUUGAAAGCCUUAAACUGGCAGUGAAGUUGUCGCAAACAAUAACCAUGUGAGAACUAAAACAGUUGUUUUGUGUUUGGUUGUUUGAAUUGCAUUAACUUUGAUAUUUUUUUAUUAUAGAUUUUUCGUGUAAUCCUUCUGGAUUUUUGUGGUC